AUGCACGAAUUCGUUCCGUUCUUCUACUCUCAAGCACCCCACACCAUGGCAGCCCACUAUGCAAACGACCACCUCAACCCCAACGGGCCUAACGAUGCUCGUCCCACGGCCCUCAAGAUCAUCCGAGAUGAAGGUCCCGAUAGGAAACUCACUGAAAAAGUCCUCUUAAUCACCGGUUGCACAUCGGGCGUUGGUGUCGAAAUCGCUAGGGCGAUCCACGCCACAGGCGCCGAUGUAUACAUCACAGGUAGGCAGGCCGACAGGGGAAAGGAGAUUACCAAUAGAAUCCUAGCAGAUGGAAAGCCAAAGAAGGUCGUUUACUUGGACAUGUCUCUUGACUCAAUUGCAAGUGUCAAGAAGGCGGCGGCCAACUUCUUGGAGCUCUCCAAGACUCUCAAUGUCCUUAUCUGCAACGCUGGCAUUGCCCUUGCGCCCCAAGGAACCACAAGGGAUGGCCAUGAGACACACUUUGGCGUCAACUAUGUCGCCCACUUUGCCUUGUUCCAUGAACUACGCGACACCCUUCUGGCAUCGGCAACUCCUGAGUUCUCAUCACGAGUAGUGACUACGUCAUCCAUGGUUCACGCAAUGAGCACCUUUUUGCUCGAUGACUAA